GCGGGGAUGGGCGGGGCUUGUUCCCUGUCGGGGGCGCGCGGGGCUCCUCCCGCUCCUCCCUCCGGCUCCUCACUCCGCCUCCCUCCUCCCGCUCCUCCCUCCGGCUCCUCACUCCGCCUCCUUCCUCCCGCUCCUCCCUCCGGCUCCUCACUCCGCCUCCCUCCUCCCGCUCCUCCCUCCGGCUCCUCACUCCGCCUCCUUCCUCCCGCUCCUCCCUCCGGCUCCUCACUCCGCCUCCUUCCUCCCGCUCCUCCCUCCGGCUCCUCCCUCCGGCUCCUCACUCCGCCUCCUUCCUCCCGCUCCUCCCGCCGGCUCCUCACUCCGCCUCCUUCCUCCCGCUCCUCCCUCCGGCUCCUCACUCCGCCUCCCUCCUCCCGCUCCUCCCUCCGGCUCCUCACUCCGCCUCCUUCCUCCCGCUCCUCCCUCCGGCUCCUCACUCCGCCUCCUUCCUCCCGCUCCUCCCUCCGGCUCCUCACUCCGCCUCCCUCCUCCCGCUCCUCCCGCCGGCUCCUCACUCCGCCUCCUUCCUCCCGCUCCUCCCGCCGGCUCCUCCCGGGGCGGGCGCUCCAGCCGCGGCCGUGUCAGCCCAGCCACGGCAGCAGCGAGCAUGUCCUCCAGUCGGGCCAAGAAAGUGAAGAUGGCCACCAAGUCCUGCCCCGAGUGCGACCAGCAGGUUCCUGUUGCAUGUAAAUCAUGUCCCUGUGGCUACAUAUUUAUCAGUCGAAAACUCCUGCACGCUAAACGUGCUGAGAGAUCACCACCCAUCACAGAAAACAAGAGUGAGGCCAAAAGGAGGCGGACAGAGAGAGUUAAGCGAGAGAAGAUAAACUCUGCAGUAAAUAAAGACUUAGAAAACCGAAAAAGAUCCAGGUCUAACAGCCAUUCAGAUCAUAGCAGACGAGGAAGAGGAAGACCUAAGAGUGCCUCAGCAAAAAAGCACGAGGAAGAAAGAGAGAAACAAGAAAAAGAAGUUGACAUGUAUGCUAACCUUUCAGAUGAAAAGGCCUUCGUAUUUUCAGUGGCCUUGGCGGAAAUAAACAGAAAAAUUAUCAAUCAAAGACUUAUUCUGUAACUUGUGAGCACAAUCUGAUGCAGUUUUAUGCAGAAUGGCUAGCAGAUUUCCAAGGUGCCAUGGACUCUCAGAAAGUGUGUUGUCUGCACCAACAAGGACCAUAACAUUUCCUGUUAAAUUUCUACUACUUCUUGGAAAUCAAAUUCUGUCUCUACAAGUCAGAAGAAAAGUGGUCACAAGAUUGUGCUGUGAGAAAUCAGAGAGCCUUGAAGACAAAUGCUAGACAAGUACACUGAGAGACUGCACCCAUUCCAGAGCACUUCUUUUGAAUUUGCUGCCAGAAAUGCAAUAUUCUAAAUAUUUUCAGAAUAAAUGAUUUUUCUUUAAAAUUAUAUAUUUCAGAUUUUUCAGCUAUAUUGCAGUUUAUGUAUGUACAGUUCACAUAACUUUUUAAUAAAUUGAUAUUCCAGUA